CGCAUUCGUCCCCAGAGCCAUGGAAAGGCGUUAACUCAAGAAGAUUGCAAAAGAACAGCAUUUGGAUUUUAUUACAAAUCAACACCAAAGUACAACACUGAACAUAAACAUCUCAGAUGUCAAUAAUUAGGUGAAACACAUUUCAUCGGGGAAAAAAAGUACAUAUAUUAAAAAUAAAUAUAUAACAAAAAAGGUAAAUUGAAAAGAGCAUUGAAGAAGGCCAAAUUCUGUAUAAUCGAGAAAACGGUAAAAGAACAUUGGAAUAUUGGGAAAUUUAGUCUUUUGACUGUAUUUGGUCUUCUAUAUUGUUUGUGUAUCGCGAAUAUAACAGACCCCGCUCUGACUUGUCAUUCUUCGGAUUUAAUCUCUGCAGUGAUCGAUCAAGCGAUCAGAUUAAGAUAAGAUAGCCGAUUGUAUUAAAUCUAUGAUGAACAGUCAGAAAUUUAAGAUGAACUGGUGAAGUAUUUACAUCUCAAAAAUUGCAAAGACACCGACAAUAACAGCAACAACAGCUACAACAACAUAAAUCAUAACAAGAUCAUCAGUAAUAGUAGAGAUACGAAGAUAACAAGAACCACGAAAAGCAAAAGGGAAAGGCAAAAAAAGGGACAUCUAUUAAAACACAAGAAUAACACCUUCGAUUUCAUCACCAUCAGCAGCAGCAGCAGUGCAGCAGCAGCGCAGCAGCAUUUUCCAUCAUCAGCAACAGCAACGACAACAACAUAAUUUGAUCGCUGUCGAUUACAACGACGAACAAGAAAAAAUAUUACAAGAAAAAUAACGAACAAUUAUAAGAACAAAAACAACUACUGGAUUGCUUCUUUUCUCCUACAUAAUAAGAAGGGGAGAGAAAGAAAAACGAUAUUGGACGCGAGGGUGUAUGAAAGGAGUGAUACAACACAGAAAUUAGUUAAAUAUGCACAGCGUGUCACUUGCAAUCAUGGCUAAGCUUCCAUUCCCGUCUAUUGAGAAGAGUAACAGCUACGACGGGCGGAGGCAGCACCAACACUACCACCAUCCACACAGUAUCACUGUAGACGACAAACAAGACAUGAUGGGUCUGCAACAGAUACACGAGAACUGCGAUUCGUUCAUGAAAACAACGGUGCCAAGCAAAGCGCCAAGCCGCGCUAGCAACCGCAAUGCAAACCAAGAAAACAUGAUCUUGUCGAGAGAAGAACGCCGCCGCAAGAGACGGGCAACACAAAAAUACCGUACGGCUCAUGCUACCCGGGAACGAAUACGAGUGGAAGCUUUCAAUGUGGCUUUUGCCGAGCUCCGCAAGUUACUACCCACACUGCCACCGGAUAAAAAACUUUCCAAAAUUGAAAUACUCCGGUUAGCUAUUUGUUAUAUAUCGUAUUUGAAUCACGUCUUAGAACUGAGUUGAAGAACACGUGUUCAAUGCAACAGUUUGGUCGUUGUAAAAGGUUCGUGGUUGUGGUACCGCUGAAUUCUGACAGAACCUGACGGAAUACUUUUCCUUUCUAAAACCAAAAAUAAACAGGAAUGUAUUUAAACAUCCUGGAUGCAACAUCGCAAAGGUUUCAUUCCAGAUGCUCUCUGUCACUCAUGUUUUUAUGGAACAAAAAUUAGCAAAAGAUUUUUUUUAUGUUAUCAAUUUUAAACACAUUUUUUUAAAGUUUACAUUCUCGCCAUUUUGUAUACGAAACCGAAACUACUGAUUUGUUCCGUCUUAAUUGCCAAUCACAGUAUUAACAAUCAAAGCCCGUGUGGUCAAUACUGAAAUCACUUUGCUCCAUUGAUCGAUAACAUUAUCUUUCUAUGAUAUUAUUCAGUACUUUACACUUUUGGACAUUCAUGAUGCGAUUGGAUGAUAAGAAAAUAAUCAUUACUUUCUGUACGGCUCUAAAACAGAGACGGCAUAAACAUUACAAAAUAUUACUGCAACUAAUGAAUACAUACAGACUCUCCCACAGUAUUACAAUAAACAGAGUGAACUUCGUCACCUUUGCAAGUGCUAUCCGUCAACGACUGAUUUCAAGUCGUAUAAAGUUAUGACGUGGGAGGAGAGUAAAUGAACUAGUUACUACUGCAAACUGAACAAGAGCUGCAGAGUCCAUUUCCCAAAACCGUGGCGCUCAUCACUGCAUAUUCAAAUAUAUAAGUAGGUCGCUCUCUCCACCACACAUGCAAAAAUAAGAGAAAUAAAGAAACUUGUGGGAUAUCCACAUAGGUUAGGGUUAGAACAACUUGGAAAAUUGGCUUGCAGUCAACACCGCCAAAUGGCCACAAUCCGCUGCAUUUAAAUAAAGUGUUGAAAUGUAAGGAAGAGGAAGAAAUAGUCUGCUCACAGCUUACUCAAUCUCUCUCCCACAACGCAACAACCCUGCUUUUAUGCUAUGACCAGCCAGUUUAGAAGUCUGCUGGACCAUUCGUGACAGAUGCAUCCGUAUGUGGGCUUUCGUAAUCGCAAAAUGGGCAGAUACUUGAAGGACAGUUUCAUCGCCCUUAUCUGAGGAAGAAAGAAAUUUUUCAGUAUAUGACAUAAUUUUUCGACCCCGGAGGAAUAAAAGGCAAAAUCGAUUUUUACAGGAUUUGACAUCUCAUAUAAAGGAUGUAACUAAAUAAUUCAAGCCGUGCACUCCAUGAUUCAAUAAUAAUAAUAAUAAUAAUAAUAAUAAUAAUCUUUUCUACUCUCAGCGCAAGGCCCUAAAUUUUGGGGGAAGGGAUCACUCGAUUGGAUCGAAUCCAGUACGCAACUGGUACUUAACUUAUUGACCCCGAAAGGAUGAAAGGCAAAGUCGACCUCGGAACAUAAAGACAGACGAAACACCGCUAAGCAUUUUGCUCGGCUUACUAACGAUUCUGCCAGCUCGCCGCCUUAAUAAUAAUAAUAAUAAUAAUAAUAAUAAUAAUAAUAAUAAUAAUAAUAAUAAUCUUUUCUACUAUAGGAACAAGGCCUGAAAUUUUACGGGAGUGGGAUAGUCGAUUACAUCAAUCUCAGUGCUGAACUGGUACUUAUUCAUCGACCUUCAAAGGACGAACAGCUAAGUCUACAUCGGCGGAAUUUGAACUCAAAAUACCCUCACAAAAAGCAAAAG